UUCGAAUCGGAAAACCUAAGCGGCGAGCUCCUCGCCAGAAUCCACCACCGAUGGAGGCAGCGGCGGCGGGGAGGUACGGCAUCCUCGACAGGUCCUUCAAGCUCGCCGCGCGCUCCAUCCUCACCGCCUGCUCCCGCGAGGAUGUGAACAAGGCUUUCUCGUCGUUUACGGAUGCGGAGAGGGAACGUUUGUACCAGAUGUUCGUUUAUGUAAUCAAGUCUCUGGACAGCAACAUAGAGGAGGAUUUUGACACAUCCUGCCAUGAACUACAAGUUGCCACUGCCCUUGAUAAGAUAGAUCAGUUUGUUGAAGAACAAAAGCUGGAUGUGUUAUCUUCAGACAAGACUAAUAUUGAAGACAUCAAGCAAAGGAUAUCAAAGGCUAAGAAAGAUGAAAUUAGAUACCUGAAAAGUUUACUAGAAGAGGUUGAAGAGAAAAACAAUGCCAUGAAGGCUCAAAUUGAACUCUUGAAGAAAGACGACGGUUUGGCUGCAGGAAAACAAGUCCUUGAGAAGCUGAUGCAAUGCAACUCUGAGCUCCAAAGCUACAAUGAUCGUUGAGUUCGAGGUUUUCAGCUGAUCCGAUGAUUAUUUACUGUCUGGAGUGAAGACAUCUCUUGGAUAGCUGGUAGAUUUAGAUAGGACGUUGAUCCAGGAAUCAAGAUGGGUCAUCCGCCCAUGAAUUUCCUGUUAUGUGAAACAAGUACUGCAGUCUGUAUGUUCGAUAUGGUUGUCACCUGUUAACUCCCAGCUGAAACCGUUGCUGCUUUCUGUAUCUUGUUAAGUCUAUGUGCUUUCUGUAGCGUAUCUAUCCCUUGUUCUGUGAUCAUCUUGGAGACACGUGCACUGCCCUGGUGCCUGUUCAUCCUUAUUGUUUUGCACAUGAGACAUGUUUGGUUUGUGUUCACAGGCCACAAGUUAGUUGAGUGGAGUGUGGUCAUGGGCUCAUGGCAACUUUUGUCGAGCAGCUAUUUCUGGGUAUCCUUGCUUGUUUAC